GGGACGCAACUCCUCUACUGCGCGUGCGUUGUACAGUCGCGUACAGUUCAGUAGACACCCAACACUGUAGCUAGCAUUCCCAACAAUCCCCUGCAUACACUAAUGUUAAGUUUAUUUAACAAACUAAUGUUAAAAACAACUAUACGGUGUUAAAAUAACGUGUUAAUUUAACAAAUUGAAAAGUAUCGAUUGAUGUUAUAACAUUAAAAAGUUUUCCGCAGAUGCAGCCGACGUUGCCCGCCCUCUGGUCGGAGAUAGAGCGGUACCGGCGGCGGCGCGGGCGCGUCACGCUCGCCGAGCUCAGCGAGAUCACUGCGCGCGCGCACCAGAUACAUCUGCAGGAGCUGCGUCGUUUGCGAGAACUUCACGCAAGACUAGAGUGGCCACGAGCGCACCGCCCGGAGAUUGUGCUCUACACACCCGGUCAGCUUAGACAGCAUAUCAGGUUGGGAAACUCAGCAGAGGACACUAUCCAAGCGGCGCAGCCCACCUCAUCCACAGUCUGGAGACCGGGACCGCUUGGUGCACAGUGGCAUCUACCAGACAACGAUCUCAUGAGCGACAGUGGGAAGACAAGCACAACUGUAGACGGAGAAUGGUCAGUGUGGAAGGCGGCGCGAGGGUGGGGGGCGGGGGCGCUCUUGCUGAUAGCAGCCCUUCUGCUCGUGCGCGCCACUGAUCGAUGCUUUACGCGGAACUAUGCGCGAUCGCGUCGAAGACGAUCUGAAGAAUGGCCGACACCUAACGUACUUGCAACUAGCAAUCGUCACCCACUAAGCUUAGAUCCCGAAGUGCCAAUUGAAUUCGACGCCUACCCCUCAGAAUCCAGCGAAAUAAGCAACGAUGUGAUUUUUAAUGCGGAUCUUCCGCCACCAUAUUCAGAAUGCGCAAACGAUGCCCAGAAACACAACAAUCGAGAAGAGCCGCCCCCGCCUUAUUCCGAAUGUUACGUUGCUUUUUCCAAUCCCAAAAACGGCACCCCAUCCGUACGCUUCUUAAACAGUCAACGACAAAAUAUAUUUGUUGAGGACAUGGCAUCUACUACUCGAUAUAUCAAUGUGCAGACAUCAACUGACGAGCUUACUGAAAUUGCUCAUUCUAGCAAUGGUUUUAAUCAUAUAGAUACUGGACAAAUUCCGCAUAAUCCGAUUGGUGAUCGAAUACACAGGAUACCGUACGUUGAGAAUGCUGCCGAGAGAGAUGAUGAAUCCGACGAUUGCAAUGGGAAUUGCAUUAUGGAUUCUCUUGAAUGUAUCAAUGUUGGUCCCGCCCCGUUGGCUUCUGAAGAGUUAUCCACAGACACUCAGGAUGAUGUAACGAUAGAGAUUGAUAAUUAUAAUGAAGAAAUGGCAAGUUGUUAAUUUGUGAGACAGAAGGAUUGAAAUUAUGUUUCGAGUAAGGAAACGCUUAGGCAGAAGCCACAUGGUGCGGCGUCGCUGCGGUGGCCUGCAACAAAUAUCAAUGACUAGCGGACGCCCGCGACUUCGUCCGCGUGGAAUUUAGUUUUUCACAAAUCGCUCGGGAACCAUGCAUUUUUUCGGGAUAAAAAGCAGUAUAUGUGUUAAUUCAGGCUAUAAUAUAUCUUAACACCAAAUUUCAGCGAAUUCGGUUCAGUAGUUGAGGCGUGAAAGAGUAACAAACAUUCAUAUCAUCAAAAUCAUCAGUUUUCGCAAAUCUCGGGAAACCAUGGAUUUUAUCGGGAUAAAAAGUACCUAGCCUAUGUGGUAAUCCAGAGUAAAAUCUAUUUCCUUUCCAAAGGAGAUGGUCCAUUUCAGGGCCACUCUUGUACCCCGUAUCAUUAAAAUUUUAAAAAUACAAGGAUUUUAUUAAAAUUAUUAAAGUGAAUAAAUGUAACUAUUAAUUAUUAAAGUGAAUAAAUUUAAAUAAAAAGAAAUAAAUAAAUUUAAAAUCCAAGUUUUUGAGUUUUAUAAAGAUGGCGGCCUUAAAGCAACUAUGACAUGACAAUUAGACAGCAAACGUCAAAUCGAUUACUGCAUUGAAAACUUCAUCAAUCCGCCAUUAUUAAUAGUGUUGCAUUUCUUCGGAGAUAAUGAAUAUUAUUUCGAAAGAAUUAAAGUAAACUCGUAGAUUUGUAUAAUCAAUAAUAGUUAGAAAAAUAUUUUAUUUUAUUUACGCUAGGGUACAAUGACUGGACCUGGGCUCCAUACAAUUUUGGACCAUCUCCUUUCAGCUAAAUCGCUUCAGUAGUAGCGGCGUUAUAGAGUAAGUAACAAACAUCCAAACGUCCAUACAAACUUUCGCAUUUAUAAUAUUGGUAGGAUAGAAUAUACCAGUCGGCGCGUUCCGGCUCCACACGGCAGGCGCACUAUCUGCCACGGCGCCGCACACUAUCUUCUACGGCGCCGCACACAAUCUGCCACGGCGCCGCACACCACGUCACGUGUACAGCGACGCAAAACGUCUUAAACGCGGCGCCGCACCGCACUGUGUGGCUUCACUCUUAUGAUUUUCAAGAGCUAAUUUGAGAUUAUACUUACAUUUUCAGGAGUUAUUUUUCUACUGAAGCAAUAUGCUUGUACGUAUCUAUAUCUGCCUAUUUGAUUUCUUUAUACUCUCAUGAAAAACAAAAUAUAAUACACGUAAAUUAUAAUUUAAAAGAAUCUAAUAAAUGUAAGCUAUCUAACUUUAAACAUAGCAGCAAUAUCUUAAGCAAUUACUUAGAAUUUAAUAAAAAAAGCCGGGUUGUGUAGAGAAAAACAAUGUUUUGACUUGCCUAUCUAAUUUUGUAGUUUAAUUGUGUAUUUAUUUAUAUACUUAAUGUAUUUAUUUUUGAAAAAUACUCAAUAAAAUAU